AUGGCUUUGCUUGACGACGUAGGAUCAAUGCAUUUCUUUGCUAUUGGACUGCUACUUUACACCAUCUACUGGGCAUUGCACCCGCGCUUUCUGUCCCCACUGAAAGAAAUUCCAGGCCCAUGGUAUGCCGUCUACACAAAAUGGUGGCUCGUUUGGAAGACCGUAAAAGGUGUUCGCGCCAAAACGAUUCAUGAGCUGCACCUCAAAUACGGUCCCUGGGUCCGAAUCGCGCCGAACGAAGUCUCAACCUGCGAUCCACAGGCAAUCGUCCCCAUUUAUGGCGUCAAUUCAGCCUACAUCAAGACCGAAUUCUACACCUAUCAACUACGCGGAGUUCCAGAGCUCUUCACCAUGUCCGAUCGGAAGCAGCAUGCAAGAAGACGACGCGAGCUUUCGCAUCUAUUCUCCAUGUCAACCAUCACCGAGUACGAGCCAGUAAUUGCGAAGCAAGUCAAAAAUUGCAUGGACUUCGUAGCCGACGAAGGUAAAACGGGGAGAGUCAGCAAUUUGUAUGAUUGGUGGCAUUAUCUAUCCAUGGACAUCAUAUGCGACCUCUCGUUUGGUUCGACAUUCAACAUGCUUCAAGAUGGCGCCAGCAACGCAUACAUCAAGGAUCUCUAUGGGUCAUUGCAGAUUGAGCCCGUUCGGUGGCAUUUCGGUUGGCUGAACAAGUACGCUGCUUGGGCCCCAUUGAAAUUUGUUCGGGACGCAGAGGCUUGCAGUGUGCGUGCAAUGGACCGAGGCGCGAAGUUGGUCCGAGACUAUGUGGAGAACCCGGAGAAGAAGCGCCGCAAAGAUCUGCUGCAGAAGAUGCUAGAUGCACGCGAUGAAGAGGGAAGGCCUCUAUCGGUCGAUGCCUUGAACACCGAAGCUGCGGGCUUCAUCCUCGCUGGCUCUCACACUACCUCUUCAUCAUUGACCUGGAUCGUUUGGCGUAUCAUGAAGAGCCCAGCAAUCCUGGCCCGGCUCCGCAAAGAGUUGGACGAGGUAUUGACUGGCCUACCGCGUGAUGAGGUUCCUAUGCACUCGAAACUGGAAGGCCUAACCUACUUCAACUGCGUCAUCAAGGAAGGCCUACGCAUCGACACAGCAGUACCGGGCUCGACACCCAGAUAUGUUCCACCCGAAGGCACCAACAUCAACGGCCACAAGCUCUCAGGAGGUUCCAUUGUCUCCGCCCAAGCCUACAGCUGCCAUCGUGACCCAGCCGUUUUCCCGAACCCUGAUGAAUUCCUUCCCGAACGAUGGCAGGAUGAAACGCCCGAGAUGCGUAAGCUCUACAUCCCCUUUGGAGCAGAUGGACCUCGGAAGUGCAUUGGCAUAUGGCUUGCUUACAUGGAAUUGAGAGUGAUACUUGCGGCGCUCUUCCACCGCUUUGACCUGGAGUUUGCGCAUGAGGUUGAUGAUGCGAGCAUGGAGUUGGACGAGUUUUGGCUUGCUAAUCCUAUUGGUCAACAUUUGGAUGUCGUUGCUACGGAGAGGAGCUGA